CCAUCGCCUCCACGUCAUCGCCUCUGUUGGGCUGCCGCUGAUCUCCUCAGGGCAUUUCGUCUGCCGCACCGCUCCUUCGCUCUAAAGCAUCAGAGUUCAGUCGCUCUUUGCCUCCGUCUUCUACUGCAGCUACUACUGCCACUGCUGCGACCCCUGACGAUCCUGGUCGUCGUUGUGCUGCUUCGAUUUCCCAGUAUAUCCAGCAUACCCAGUUUGCUGCCGCACCAGUUUCACUCCUGGCCAAUCCCCGCCAUGUAUUCGCUCAAGAGAAAGGCGCCUCCUACCGCCGACGCUGCAAUGGAUAUGCAGCAGGAUGAGCGAUCGGUGCUUAUUCCCAAGCGCAUCCGUCCCAGCCACUACCAGCAGCCCGAUUCUUCGCAGCCGCUGUUCUCGCAGCCCCCUCCGUCCAUCGAGCCCCAUGCGGUCGCUGUCGCUGCACCGGAGCCUGCGGCCCCCGCAGUUUCUGUCGAUCCCCAUCUGCCCAAACUCUUGGCCACCCUGGACAAGGCUGAGUUGAUCGGCAUCAUCACCCAAGUCAUGUCUGCCCAUCCCGCCCUCCACGCCUCCAUCACCUCGCUUGUGCCUCGGCCCACGCUCUCCACCGUCUCGGCGCUUCUGAUCCAGGCCGAGAAGAAGCUCAAUGACGCAUUCCCGUACUCCAAGUUUGGCCAGGACCGCUCCGAUUAUGCUUUCAACCGGGUGCGCCCCCACCUGUUUGAGCUCAAGGAGCUGGUCCUCCACUACCUCACUUUCUUCACCCUGCCGCAAUCGUAUCCCGAGUCCAUGUACCACGAGUUCCCCCAGUGCUCGAUGGCAUACCUGCACUUUGUCACCAGCCUGGUGCAUCGUCUUCCCCGCUGGACCAACGAGACACACAAUAUCGAAACCACCACGGACCUGUACGUACAGCUGGCUCGUGCCUGGAGAUUCGCCUAUAUCGAAAUCGGCCGAAGAUUCAAGGAAGAAGGCAAGAUCUUUGGCGCCAGCGUCAUCGGUGAUUGGGCCCGCAGUCUCAACCACCACUAUACCGAGUGCAAGGGUGCCCACGGCUUUGACGAGGCUCUGGAAGAGUUCAAGCGUCAGCUUGGUUGGCUCAUUGGCCUGAACCCACGAUCUGGUCUGCCAGAUCCGUCACUUGACUCAAGCCCCCUGCGUCGAAUGUCCACCGGCCGCUCCGUCUUUGGCUCUCUGCAGGGCUCCCACGGGCUCAUCAACCAGCCCUGUCUCUGAACGCGCAACUCACUCGCCACCACCACCACCACCGCAUCUGCGUCACCAGGAUUGCAUCUUUCUAUUUAUUCCCACAUCGUUUUUGGUCUGUGUUCAUCAACACUCCCUUUGCAUCCACCCGUUGCUGUCUGAGGCGAUCAGCGCUCCGCCACUGGUUUGUCGCAGCGAUAUUCUCACUGCGAUCAGCAAAUGGCACACCUUUUGGUGAGGCGACGAGCCACUUCUCGAGACGACCAAGGCGGGCCCCGGCUGCCCUGUGACGCAUCCCUCCCCUUCCCCCAGCUACAAUACAUCAAGCGAUUUGCGCGCUGGCCAUCUUACCGCUCA